GCAAAAGACAAGCAAAGUCAAGGAAGAAAAAUGUCACCUAAAAACUUUACGAAGACUACGAUGUGAAAAUUUUGUAAUAAAUAUUUUUAUUGAACAUUAAUAAAACUUAAAGCAUGAACAAAAACAGUACUAAUGAAUGUAUACCGUGUCCGCCUGGUGAUUCGUGGAUUACGUGUAGAUCGAAGUCCCACCACAGGCGAAUAUAUUAUUAUAACACUGUUACCGGUGAAGCAAUAUGGAAUUUAACCGAUUUUGAGAACGAUAAGUGUAAGAAGACAACAAAAGAAAGUGUUGACGCCAGAGACCAUUCAGACAGCUAUCCAGAACCAAAGGAACCACCUCGCGACAUUUGCAGAAAAAUCUUUAUAUCUGAAUCCAAUGAACAAAACAAACAUACUGAUUAUACAAGUACAACUUUUAAUGAGUGCACCAUUAAUGAACCAUAUCUUGAGCACAAUUUAUCCCAUAAUUCUAAAGUUCAGAGAUGUGAUAACAUAAAUCAAAUGAAUGAUUUCAUGCUUAGUGUUCCAAUGGCACCAACAUCAACUCCCAAUAAUUCUCUCUCCUUAAUUAAUCAGCCGCAAGUUAAAAUAGAGCUAGAUCAUAACAAUGUAGAGGAGUUUAAAAACAACUAUGUGCAUACAACCUCAAUGCCACUUAGUAAACGUUUUGAAAUAACAAAAAAUAUAGAUAGUCCUAUCCGCUUUGUCAUGCCGGGUGAAGAGGAGAAGUCAACAGCUCUAGAAGUUUCAGAAAUUGAUACAGUUACACAGGAGGAAAUUGAUCCUUUACCUAGUAAAUACCAACAAUUAAUUGUUGCUAGAGAUUUGAGGCAAAUAAUUUCAUUAAAAAGACAGUCAAAUGUAACAAAUAACAUUGGACAACAAAUAGAUUAUAACAGAACCAAAAUUAAUAGCAGUAUUAUUGGGAAUUUGGGCAUCAAUAAUUUUGAAGAGUAUCAAACAGACAAUAUAAAUCAAAAACUUUUUACGCUGAACCUGGAUAAGGGAGAAAAUGCUAUAAGCAACAGAUAA